AUGUAUAAGAAGAGGAGACUAUGGGUCGCGGCUUAUCUGACAGAGGGGUUUUGGCUUGGCAUGAAAAGCAACCAGCAGAGUGAAAGCCUGAACUCAUGCCUUCACCUCCACCUAGACGGUGAAAUGACCCUGGUGGAUGUGAUUUUGCACUAUGAGAACGCCGUUGUUUGUAUCUGUGAAAACGAGGCGCGAGAUGACUACACGGCCUCACAGAGUUUACCGGUGCCAGUUACUAGCUCGAGGGAACUUGAGAUAGCUGCUUCUCAAGUCUUCACUCCAGCAAACUUCUAUAUGUUGCAAGAUGAUCUUAGAAAAAUUGGUGGCAUGGAGAUUGUAGAAAUUAAGCUGGGAGACGGAUCACAGCAGUACAUCAUGGCCUGGAAGAAUAACCGGAAGAGCCGUUUUUGGGUGGAGUAUGCACUAGUAAAUUCCGCAGAAACUAUAAGGUGCAGCUGCAGAAGAAUGAUUCGAAAGGGUCUACCUUGCAAGCACAUAUUCCAUGUACUGAAGUACUUGAACAUAUCUGAAAUACCAAAGUGUUUAGUUCGUGUUCGGUUCACGAAAGAAGCAAGGUUAGGACUUGCCCGCGAGGCGCACAAGUGA